AUGAAGUCGGUUGCAAGCCUCAAGGCGCGGUCAAGUUACGUGAAGCCGUACCUCACUGAGGCCAACGUCCAAGCAAGGCUCAAGUUCGCCAUGUCGCAUCUCGAGCCAAUGGCGCUGCGUUCUGUCAAGUCCAAUUCGUUCAUCACGAAGGUUAUGUUCCUUGUUGAUGUUGCCCGCCCGCAGUACGACUACUCCAAGUGCCAAAUGUUUGACGGCAAGAUCGGCGUGUGGCCCUUCGUGUCGGUCUCUUCAGCAGCCCGAACAAGCAAGAACCGGCCCAAGGGCACUAUGCUCACGGCCCCCAUUGCCGUGAAUGGCGACGUCUACUUCGAAACAGUGCUCAAGAAAGUCGUUCCUGCUAUUCAAGAGAAGAUCCCGCUACGUACCAAGAGACAAGGGGUUUUCGUGCAACAAGACAAUGUCAGCCCCCACCGAACAGUCACAACAUCGGCGCUGGAAGCUCGAGGCGUCGCAGAGGCAUCAAGAUUGUAA